AGCAGCAAGUGCAAAAAGUACUUCAACAUAUUUUAUGCUUUAUUGUAUUUUGAAAACUAAGAAAGCUAAACUAUAAAUUCAACUUGAGCAAUCUUCAAUUAAAGUGAAUGUUCCAUCGUAUAGACGGAAACAAUGAAAUACUCCACCUCUCCGACACCUUCGCGCACCAACAGUUCCCUGCUGGGGAUGUCAUCAAGAACUACAUCACCAUUGCCACCGCCGGCCAACUAUCAGAACGACUGCAUGAGCGCCACCAACAAAAGCUACAAGUAUCUCCGUCGUUUUGUCAAGUUUGAUCAAAUGGAUUUCGAGUUCGCGUUAUGGCAAAUGCUGUACCUAUUCAUAGCUCCGAAAAAAGUUUACCGAAAUGUAAACUACCGGAAACAAACCAAAUCUCAAUUCGCCAGAGAUGACCCGGCUUUCCUGGUGCUGCUGGUGGGCUGUCUAUGUGUAACAUCCUUUGGAUUCGCUUGGGUCCUGAGCCUAGGAAUUGGACAGAGUAUUUUGUUUUUGUUGUACGUUGUAUUUGUGGAUUGUAUCCUUUGCGGAAUGGUCGUUGCUACCUUGCUUUGGUUCGUGACGAACCGUUAUCUGCGUGAUCGAGCAUCCGACAUCGAUGUGGAAUGGGGUUACGCGUUCGAUGUACAUCUGAAUGCAUUUUUCCCUCCCUUGAUUCUGCUGCAUUUUAUUCAACUUUUCUUCUAUCAUCCGUUGAUUAGCCAGGACUGGUUUAUAUCGACCUUCAUUGGUAAUACGAUGUGGCUGGCUGCGCUGAGUUACUACAUCUAUAUCACCUUCCUUGGCUACAACGUUGUACCAAAUUUGAAGAACACCCGAAUAAUUUUAGUUACACUACCACUGCUUUUCUUAUUUUAUGUUAUUACGUUGAUAAUUCGCUGGAAUUUGAGCACAUCCUUGAUGUACUUCUAUCACUAUAGAGUUUUGUAGACGAUACAAUUGCAAUAAAGAGUAUGAUGGUAUAUCACAGCUGAAAA